AUGGACAUUUUCAAAGUCUUGUCCCGCGGGACCAAGAAAACCGCAAGAAACGCCACCUCCAAGCAGAAUGCCACGCGCCAAUUGCCGUCGGCCGGAGCCCAGCCCAACCCGCAACUCUACCACGAUGAGGCCCGUGGGACGAAGCGCAAGCGUGCUGGCCAAGAGGAUCGAGACGCUCCGACCGCCGAGCUCCCCGUUGUCGACUUCUUCGGCCCAACCCCAGCAGAGACGGCCUCGAGCGAACCGGCGGAGCGCGCACCUGCCCAACGAGCACGAAGCCCGCCUCCUCCGGCGCCGGCGGUGAAACUAUCAGGGGAGCAGUGUCGACAGCUGCUACGGUCGCAUCGGCUCAAGAUCACCUUGCUGUCGAAGCCCCGGGAGAAAAAAAAGGUGAAAAAGCCCAAGAAGAAGCACAAUGACCUUCCGGAGGAGAACAAGGGGGAAAGGAAGCACCUUUUCCCGCAGCCAAUGGAAUCAUUUGCGGAUUUGCCGACCACGUACGGCGUAUCUCCAACGGUUGUCGACAAUCUGGUCCGUCAGGGUUAUCGCCUCCCCACAGAGGUCCAGAUGGGCAGCUUACCGCUGCUGCUGCGUCCAGACCUCGCGUUGGCAGACGGGGAGGACGUGAAAAAUGGCAUCGACUUCCUCGCAGUCGCCCCUACGGGAAGCGGCAAGACCAUCAGCUUUCUAAUUCCCGCCAUCAACGACAUCAUGAAGAGACGAGCACGGGAAGAAUUGCACGGCAUCCGGGAGGUUGAGGCUGUGAUUUUGGCGCCCACCAGGGAACUGGUUCACCAGAUUGUGAACGAGGGAACCAAGCUCAUGCAGGGAACGGGCCUCAAGAUUGUGGCCAUGAAGAAGACGACGCAGCUGGCCGCGGAGCAGCAACAACCACAAGAACCACAACAACAACAACAACAACAUGUCGCUGAGGACAGUUCGGAUGAAGACGAGGAAGGCGAGUCCGACGGCGAUUCUGUCAUUGCUUCGGAGCAGGGAAAGGGGCCGAGGAUGAAAAGCGGUAAAAAAAACAAACCUCACCCCGAGACCAAGACGGAUAUUCUAGUGACGACCCCGACUCUGCUGCUCAACUUUUUAAACUCUGGGCCUGCCGGCACCCGCAAGGUCCUCCCGACCGUCCGCCAUCUAGUCCUCGACGAGGCCGACGUCUUACUGGACCCGCUGUUCAGAGAGCAGACUCUUGAGUUGUGGUCCGCAUGCACCAGCAACGAGCUGCGCCUCUCGUUCUGGUCCGCCACAAUGGGCUCCAACAUUGAAUCGCUGGUCACGGAGCAACUGGAGGCUCGGGCCCGGACGGCGGCAACAGAAGCGAGACCUCUUGUCCGGCUCGUUGUGGGAUUGAAGGACACGGCCGUCCCCAACAUCGUACACAAGCUCACCUACACGGCGAGCGAGCAAGGCAAGCUCCUGGCCCUGCGCCAACUGUUGCACCCCGCCGGCAGCGACGACUCGGGCCCGCCGCUCCGACCCCCCUUCCUGGUCUUCACGCAGACCAUCGAUCGAGCCGCGGCCCUGCACGAGGAGCUCAAGUACGACAUCCCCCUCGAGGCAGGGGGCCCGUCGAGGAUCGCGGCGUUGCACAGCGCCCUCGCCGAUUCGGCCCGAUCGGCCGUUAUGCGCAGGUUCCGCGCGGGCGAGAUCUGGGUCCUCAUCACGACCGACGUGCUGGCCCGCGGCGUGGACUUUGCCGGCGUCAACGGCGUCGUCAACUUUGACGUGCCGGGGUCGGCGGCCGCCUACGUCCACCGCGCCGGGCGGACGGGACGAGCCGGUCGCCUGGGCGGCGUGGCCGUGACGUUUUACACCAAGGACGACAUACCCUUUGUCAAGACGGUCGCCAACGUCAUUGCCGCGAGCGAGAAGCAGGCGGGCAGGACGGGCGACGAGGCCAGCGUCCAGAAAUGGCUGCUGGACGCUCUGCCCAAGGUCGCCAAGGCGGAUCGGAAGAUGCUCCGGGAGAAGGGGGUGGCGUCACGGCGCAGUGGCGGCGGCGGCGGCGGCGGCAAAGCCAAGAUUACGUCCAAGAGCGGCUACGAGCGGACAAAGGAGCACAACAGAAAGGGCGCGAUGGACGCGAACAAGCGCAGGAGGAUGCGGGGAGGGCACGGCGACGGUGGAGGCGACGAUGAAUGGGCAGGAUUGGGGGACUAG